AUGUUAUUUCAAAGCGAGCUGUUUUUUCGGCACGUGCUUCAGGUAGACAAUCUUAAGGCGCGCUCUUGUUCUGAAAACUACCAGCUCUUCCACAAGCAGUACUCCAUUGGAAAAUUCCAAGAGUGGUACAAGAAGUGUUGCGGGCGGGACGGACGAGUCGGCCUUAUGCGCUUCAUGGCCUUAUUGGCUGAAUUUUGCGAGCUUUCUGAACACCAAGCAAUACAGCUUUUCCACACCUUCGACCUUUAUCAAAACGGUAGACUCGAUGCAACGGAUAUCUAUUUAAUCUUCUCUCUGGUGAUUGCUAAUACGUGGAAUUUACGGGUGCUCUUCCUUCAUCAGCACCAUACGAAUAUAAUUCCUUAUCUUCAACUGGACACGGGGGACGUUGUGAGUCUCUCAGAGCUCUUGAAUUUGGUUAGCUGUGCAGGCGUGCAGCCCUCCAUCGUUGCACGAGUUCUUCAGCAUUUGUCCAAGGACUUUGCACUGGAGUCUGCCAGUAUCUCUACCGCUAUCAACUUUCUCUUUGCAUGCUUCCUCGAGCAAGACAGGCUUGACAGCAAGGGUGAGGUAGGGUACGAUUCUAUUUACUCUAAGGUCGCGUAG